AUGAUUACAAUUCUACCAUCCAAAGUGAAAUUGCUUCACUUUCCAAGAUCGCAUUUACCACAUGUCACACAUGCCAUUGUUAAGUCUUGCUUUUUCCAAGACACAUCAGACUCCCAUUAUUUCUUUUCGUUUACAGAAAACGCUUAUGAAAUCUCAAUUGUAGCUAGCAAAGAGAUCAUCGACAACGACUUUAUACCCUCAUUGAUGAUGGCUCAAUGCCAUGAUAUGCGUUCCUCUAGUGAUUGUUAUCGUGUAUUGCAAGUAGAUGAUGAAGGUGGACAAGAUUCCAGUGGUAAGCGUAUCAGUGAUCUCUCAGGUCCAUUGGCUCAGGGGAAAUUCUCUAUCUUUUACAUGUCGACCUAUCAGACUGAUUUUGUAUUGAUCAAGGAAAGAAGAUUAAGACAAGCCGUACAGCUGUUACAGCAACAUGAUUUCGAGUUUGAUCUGGACUCUGUGGAUCACUAUUUGGGAGGUUCACCGCCUCCCAUGCCUACCUCUGACAAUAGACUAUCCAUGGAAAGUGAUGCUUCUCUGAUACUGGAGGAAGACUUUGAGAAAUCCGUCUUGUCAGAUGAACUUCAAUGUGUAGGAUUGAAUCCGCAUUAUCGUUCGGAAUGGGCCAUGACAGUACUCAAAAUUUUAUCAUAUCCUGAAUUGAUUUCAGCAGACGGAAGCCAAGAAGAUACCCGAUUCUUUUCAUAUACAGCAUCAAGUGAUGGGAUCUCACUUAUCGCAAAUCAAAAAAUAUUGGAUUUAUUCGAACAGGACGCAAUUUUCCAAGACGAGGAAUCUCAAACCUAUCGUGUCAUACAGGUCAAUUUAGCUGGAUCUAAUUUGGAUCGUUGCGGUAUCGUCUGGUCGAUCUCUCACCCAUUAGCUGCUGAGGCUCACAUCAAUUUGCUGUAUCUCAGUACAUUCAAAAGCGCUAAUGUCUUGGUGUCUUCCGACGAUCUUGGAAAAGCAGAAGCCAUUCUUGCAGAUGACUUGAAGGUUAUCAGAAGCAUGCUUGCUGAAGUUGUUUUGGAGCCGACCUUAUAA